AGACGUUGGAGAACGAACUUGGGAAAGAGGACAGCGGUGCGUGUCACAAACACGGGUCAUCGAUAACGAUGAGCGCUCGAGCUGCCGGAUGAGCUGUGCUGAUCGGCUCCAUGACAUUUUCAUCCCAGGCGAAGUGCUUGCUGUUACUGUUGACCCACCUUUUCCCUGACCUUGAUAAUUUCAGCUUUCGCAAUUCGAAAUCGUUUGCGAGUGAUGCUGACGCUACUGUCGAGACCAAUGGUGCUGGACCCUCGCGCAUGACGGAUACACUCCUUCACCUUGGUUAUCCCCAGCUACCGGAAUCGCGCUUUUUAAAUCCUUCCUGCAAUUCCUUGUAUCAGCUAUUUAAG